AUGGCGGAGGCAAAGGAGGAGGGACCCGGAGCUCGUGCCAGGUUUGAAGACAAAUCUAAUGCAGUUUUUGACAUUACAGAGAAAUGUGGUGAUAUUCUGGAUGCAGAAAUGUCUGAGGACGCGGAUCACAAUUUAAUACCUGCCCUUGAAAGCAUAUCCUAUGAAAUGCAGAAUCGAACAGGAUCUGAAAACUCACUGCUGGAUGAAGAUGAUUAUUUUCUGAACUCAGGGGAUCUUGCAGGGAUUCCAGUUGUUGGGAGUGACAAUGAGGACGAUCAAAAUUUUACUCCAAAAGACAGUCUCCCGUCUACGAUUCACACUGAAGAUAACCUGGAGGACGGAAAGAGAGUUACAGAACAUGAAUUGGACAGUGAAAAAGAAUUGCAAAUACAAAAUGCAAUCCAAAAGGACAUCACUUCAUCAUGUGAUCAGGGCCCUAUAUUUAAACCCAUUCGGAAGGAUUUUAGCAUAGCAAGAGAUAAUGGUAAAGAGACUUUUUCAACAAAAGAGAAAAGCAGAGAAGGACCUUUCCAAGAACGUGAAAAACGUUUGGAAAAAAUUCCUAAAGAGUUGGAUUCCAGAUUGAAAAGCAGUUUCCUUGAUAAAGCAGUUACUAAUCAAGUAGAAGAAACGUUACGGACGCAGUUAGCACCACAGAUUCCAGAAACUAACUUCAGGGAGCCUAGCUACCUGUUUGCUAGCAAGGACUCCAUUGGUCAGGAGCUGGGGAAUUCCUUUGCAUCAAAUAUUAGAAUUAAGGAAGAGCCUUUGGAUGAUGAAUAUGAUAAAGCUAUGGCACCACAGCAGGGACUGUUAGACAAAAUUAAAGAUGAACCUGAUAACUCUGAGGAGUAUGGCCAGCAGCCAAAAACUCAGGAAGGGGAGCUGAAGAUCAGUGCUGUAUUUUCAGUCAGUGGCAGUCCUCUUGCUCCACAGUUGACAUCAGGUUUCCAGCCUGCUGUGGCAUCCUCUGGCAUGAGUAAAAUGCUGCCUUCAGUUCCAACCACAGCCAUUCGGGUUUCCUGUUCUGGCUGUAAAAAAAUCCUCCAGAAGGGACAAACGGCGUACCAGAGGAAAGGGUCUACUCAGCUCUUCUGCUCCACACUGUGCCUCACUGGAUACACUGUUCCAGCUUCUCGUCCACCAGCUUCUACAAAGAAGACGUGCUCAAGCUGCUCAAAAGAGAUCCUGAAUCCAAAGGAUGUGAUCACUGCACAGUUUGACAAUACAAACUCCAGCAAGGAUUUCUGCAGCCAGUCAUGUCUUUCUACAUAUGAAUUGAAAAGGAAACCUGUUGUUACUAUUCAUACUAACAGCAUUUCAACCAAGUGCAGCAUGUGCCAGAAGAAUGCAGUGAUUAGACAUGAAGUGAAUUAUCAGAAUGUUGUACACAAACUCUGCAGUGAUGCCUGCUUCUCCAAGUUCCGUUCUGCUAAUAACUUGACUAUGAACUGCUGUGAGAACUGUGGGGGCUACUGUUACAGUGGCUCUGGCCAAUGCCACGUUCUUCAAAUAGAAGGACAGUCAAAGAAGUUCUGCAGUUCAACAUGUGUUACUGGGUAUAAACAGAAAUCAGCAAAAAUUACACCCUGUGCACUGUGCAAGUCUUUGAGAUCUUCAGCUGAGAUGAUAGAGAGCACAAAUAAUUUAGGAAAGACCGAACUCUUUUGCUCUGUUAACUGCUUGUCAGCCUACAGAGUUAAAAUGGUUACAUCUGCAGGUGUCCAAGUUCAGUGUAACAGCUGUAAAACUUCAGCAAUCCCUCAGUAUCACCUGGCGAUGUCAGAUGGGAGUAUACGCAAUUUCUGCAGUUACAGCUGCGUUGUAGCUUUUCAGAACCUGUUCAACAAGCCUGCAGGAAUGAACUCCUCUGUGGUGCCCCUGUCGCAGGGUCAAGUCAUUGUAAGCAUUCCCUCGGGGGCAACGGUAUCCGCAUCAGGUGGCACUACCUCGACUGUCUCCCCCAGCUCCAUGAGCAGCUCAGCUGCAGCUGGUCUCCAGAGGCUGGCUGCUCAGUCCCAGCAAGUCACUUUCGCCCGCACUGUUGUGAAACUCAAGUGUCAGCACUGUAACCGACUGUUUGCAACCAAACCUGAGCUGCUUGACUACAAGGGUAAAAUGUUUCAGUUUUGUGGGAAGACCUGCUGUGAUGAAUACAAGAAGAGAAGUAGUGUAAUGGCAAUGUGUGCAUACUGCAAAAUUGAGAAGAUUAUCAAGGAGACCGUGCGAUUCUCAGGAAUAGACAAGCCAUUCUGUAGUGAAGGUUGUAAACUGCUCUAUAAACACGACUUGGCUAAACGCUGGGGAAACCACUGUAAAAUGUGCAGUUACUGUUUACAGGCUUCCCCCAAACUGGUCCAGAAUCACUUUGGGGGAAAGAUGGAGGAGUUCUGCUCAGAAGAAUGCAUGUCUAAAUUUACGGUUUUGUUUUAUCAGAUGGCAAAGUGUGAUGGUUGUAAAAGACAAGGUAAACUCAGUGAGUCUAUGAAAUGGCAAGGGGAGAUCAAACAUUUUUGCAACCUGCUUUGUAUUUUGAUGUUCUGUAAUCAGCAAACUGUGUCUGAACCCCCACCUCAGAACAACACAGCAAACCUUUCCAUGACACCAACUUCUUCAUCAGGCCCUCCUUCUCUAAGGAAGGAUUCAACUCCGGUUAUAGCAAACGUGGUAUCCCUAGCAAGUGCCCCUGCUGCCCAGCCCACGGUUAACUCCAACAACGUCUUACAAGGUGCAGUUCCUACUGUGACAGCAAAGAUCAUUGGAGAUGCUAGUACUCAGACAGACGCCCUGAAACUACCACCAUCACAACCUCCAAGGCUUUUAAAAAACAAAGCAUUAUUGUGCAAGCCAAUCACCCAGACCAAGGCCACAUCUUGCAAACCUCAUACCCAGAAUAAGGAAUGCCAGACAGAGGAAGAUGAAGUUCGACCCCAAAUCCUUGUGGUGCCUGUUCCUGUACCAGUGUUUGUGCCAGUGCCCCUUCACCUCUUCACCCAGUAUACGCCAGUUCCACUUGGGGUCCCAGUACCUGUACCAGUUCCCAUGCUUAUCCCAACUACUCUGGACAAUGCCGAUAAGAUCAUAGAGACUAUUCAGGAUAUCAAGGAGAAGAUUCCCACAAAUCCAUUUGAGGCUGAUCUCCUUCAAAUGGCAGAAAUGAUUGCAGAAGAUGAAGAGAAGGAAAAAACGCACUCUCAUGGAGGAUCCCAAACAUCUGAGCAUGAGCUGUUCCUGGACCCUAAGAUAUUUGAGAAAGAUCAAGGCAGCACUUACAGUGGAGAUCUAGAAUCGGAAGCAGUGUCAACUCCACACAGCUGGGAGGAUGAACUGAAUCACUAUGCCUUACGAUCAAAUGCCAUGCAGGAUCCAGACCCCGAGCUGAGGCAGUUCUCCAAAGGGGACGUGGAGCAGGACCUGGAGGCAGACUUUCCCUCAGACUCAUUUGACCCGCUCAAUAAAGGACUGGGUCUCCACUCACGUUCGCGAGCAAGGCGGAGACAUAGAGAUGGCUUCCCACAGCCAAAAAGACGGGGGAGGAAGAAGUCCAUAGUUUCUGUGGAGCCUCGGAAUCUUAUGCAGGGUUCCUAUCCCGGCUGCUCUGUUUCCGGGAUGACUCUGAAGUACAUGUAUGGGGUAAAUGCCUGGAGGAAUUGGGUCCAAUGGAAGAAUGCACAGGAAGACCAAGGGGAACUAAAAUUUGGAGUUCGGCCUGUGAAACUCAAGGAGGAUAUUCUCUCAUGCACUUUUGCUGAGCUGAGUUUUGGCUUGUGCCAGUUUAUCCAAGAGGUGCGGAGACCAAACGGUGAAAAAUAUGAUCCCGACAGCAUCUUAUACUUGUGCCUUGGAAUUCAGCAGUACCUGUUUGAGAAUGGUAGAAUAGAUAACAUAUUUACCGAGCCCUAUUCCAGGUUUAUGAUUGAACUUACAAAACUAUUGAAAAUCUGGGAACCUACAAUACUUCCAAAUGGUUACAUGUUCUCGAGAAUUGAAGAGGAACAUUUAUGGGAAUGUAAACAGCUCGGUGCAUAUUCCCCUAUAGUCUUAUUGAACACACUUCUGUUCUUCAAUACCAAAUACUUCCAACUAAAGAAUGUCAGUGAGCAUCUGAAGCUGUCCUUUGCCCACGUUAUGAGACGCACCCGGACUCUGAAAUACAACACCAAGAUGACAUACCUGCGUUUUUUCCCACCUUUUCAAAAACAAGAGGUAGAAUCAGAUAAGUUAUCUGUAGGAAAAAGGAAACGGAGUGAGGACGAGGAGGUUCCAACAGCAGUGGAAAUGGCUGAAAACACAGAUAACCCUCUGAGAUGUCCAGUCCGACUCUAUGAGUUUUACUUGUCAAAAUGUUCUGAAAGCGUGAAGCAGAGAAGUGAUGUGUUUUACCUUCAACCUGAGCGUUCUUGUGUACCUAAUAGCCCUAUGUGGUACUCCACGUUGCCAAUAGACCCCGGGACCUUGGACAUCAUGUUAACACGUAUUCUUAUGGUGAGGGAGGUACACGAAGAACUUGCCAAAGUCAGAUCAGAGGACUCUGAUAUUGAAUUGUCAGACUAACUGAAGUGGGGUAUUUUCCUUUCAAUACACAUUGCAAGUACCAAACUGUGAACACAUCCAGCCUUCAGAAAA